CCAAGACCACAGCUAAAACCACCGAUAAAACCACAGCCAAGACCACAGCUAAAACCACAGCUAAAACCACGGCUAAGACCACAGCUAUAAUCACAGCUAAAACCACGGCUAAGACCACAGCUAUAAUCACA